AUGGAGACCAAACUUCCUCGUGCACUUUUUGCCGACACAAAAAGCUCAAGUGCUCGCGGGAACUCCCAAAAUGCAGCAACUGCAGACCUUGGCCCAGUGGCUGUGAAUACUCGCGAGAAAAAUCGAGCUCCGCUCAGCCAACUCCAAUUCAAACAUCCAAUCACAUGUGAGAACGAUACCAUCAAUAGACCUGUAUCUAGAGCUGGGCCUGACAAUAUUAGAACGGGAGACUUACCAGUAGUAAGCGACAUCGAAGGUAGACUGAAGAGACUUGAGCACACAGUCCAACAGUUGGCAGAUUCUGUCAAUCGAGCCCUUCAAGUUAUCACUUCUACACCACCUCCGGCGAAUACUGGAAUAUCGAGUUGGAACUCUCGCUCCAUCUUUACAGAAAAUGUCGGUUCCGAGUCGAGGCCAUACGUCGGCCCUUCACAUUCUUUCUCCUUCCUGAAGGAGGCAUCGGCCAAUGUUGAUGCAAUCCGCCAAUCACUGGGUGAUAUGACUAGUCAAAGUGCACAUUCGGAACUUCAAUACCUCUCUGGGCGGCUGGCCACCGCAGAAGGUGACCAACAGAUUAUAGAGGAUUCAACCGCGUUCUAUAUACCUUCAAAGGCAACCGGUUACCGCAUGAUCAGCAAAUUCUUGGAGUAUGGUGAGCUCGGUGAACCUUUCUUCUCCUUUCCACCAGACAAUGUCAUAAGAGAAGUGGUAUUUGAACCCCACAAAGUCCGGGAAAAGGCAUGGGUUGCCUACUUCAAUUACAUGAUGCUUUCCAUUGUCUCUAACGAGGACGGAGAAAAUGGCGAAACCAAAAGAUUUCGACGUAACGUGCAACUCGCGCUAUGA